GCUGGGGAUCUCCACUCCCUGGCUGGAGGCACUGCUGAGGCCCCCUGUCCACCCAUCCGUCCGGCCGCCCUCCCACAGCCAUGUCCCGGCCCCUGACAGACCAGGAGAAGAGAAAGCAAAUCAGCGUGCGCGGCUUGGCCGGCGUGGAGAAUGUCACUGAGCUGAAGAAGAACUUCAACCGGCACCUCCAUUUCACCCUCGUAAAAGACCGCAAUGUGGCCACCCCGCGAGACUACUACUUCGCGCUGGCCCACACUGUGCGCGACCACCUGGUGGGCCGCUGGAUCCGCACGCAGCAGCACUACUAUGAGAAGGACCCCAAGAGGAUCUACUACCUGUCUCUGGAGUUCUACAUAGGCCGGACGCUACAGAACACCAUGGUGAACCUGGCCUUGGAGAACGCCUGUGAUGAGGCCACCUACCAGCUGGGCCUGGACAUGGAAGAGCUGGAGGAAAUCGAGGAAGAUGCAGGCCUGGGCAAUGGAGGCUUGGGCCGGCUGGCGGCCUGCUUUCUGGACUCCAUGGCAACGCUGGGCCUCGCUGCCUAUGGCUACGGGAUCCGCUAUGAGUUUGGGAUUUUUAACCAGAAGAUCUGCGGGGGCUGGCAGAUGGAGGAGGCCGAUGACUGGCUUCGCUAUGGCAACCCCUGGGAGAAGGCCCGGCCUGAGUUCAUGCUGCCUGUGCACUUCUAUGGCCACGUGGAGCACACCAGCCACGGGGUCGAGUGGGUGGACACACAGGUGGUGUUGGCCAUGCCCUAUGACACGCCCGUGCCUGGCUACCGCAACAACUUCGUCAACACCAUGCGCCUGUGGUCUGCCAAGGCCCCCAAUGACUUCAACCUCAAGGACUUCAACGUUGGUGGCUACAUUCAGGCUGUACUGGACCGCAACCUGGCCGAGAACAUCUCUCGUGUCCUGUACCCCAAUGACAACUUCUUCGAAGGCAAGGAGCUACGGCUGAAGCAGGAGUACUUUGUCGUGGCUGCCACGCUCCAGGACAUCAUCCGCCGCUUCAAGUCCUCCAAGUUCGGCUGUCGAGACCCCGUGCGCACGAACUUCGAUGCCUUCCCGGAUAAGGUGGCCAUCCAGCUCAAUGACACUCACCCCUCCUUGGCCAUCCCUGAGCUGAUGAGGAUUCUGGUGGACCUGGAGCGGCUGGAGUGGGACAAGGCAUGGGACGUGACAGUGAGGACCUGCGCCUACACCAACCACACGGUGCUGCCCGAGGCCCUGGAGCGCUGGCCGGUGCACCUCAUCGAGACGCUGCUGCCCCGACACCUCCAGAUCAUCUACGAGAUCAACCAGCGCUUCCUUAAUCGGGUGGCAGCCGCCUUCCCCGGGGACGUCGACCGGCUGCGGCGCAUGUCGCUGGUGGAGGAGGGCGCGGUGAAGCGCAUCAACAUGGCCCACCUGUGCAUCGCCGGGUCGCACGCCGUCAACGGUGUGGCUCGCAUCCACUCGGAGAUCCUCAAGAAGACCAUCUUCAAGGACUUCUAUGAGCUGGAGCCUCACAAGUUCCAGAAUAAGACCAACGGCAUCACCCCUCGGCGCUGGCUGGUUCUGUGUAACCCCGGGCUGGCAGAGGUCAUUGCUGAGCGCAUCGGGGAGGAAUACAUCUCAGACUUGGACCAGCUGCGCAAACUGCUCUCCUACGUGGACGAUGAAGCCUUUAUCCGGGAUGUGGCCAAAGUGAAGCAGGAAAACAAGUUAAAGUUCUCUGCGUACCUGGAGAAGGAAUACAAAGUCCACAUCAACCCCAACUCACUCUUCGACGUCCAGGUGAAGCGGAUUCAUGAAUAUAAACGCCAGCUCCUCAACUGCCUCCAUGUCAUCACCAUGUACAAUCGCAUCAAGAAGGAGCCCAAUAAAUUUUUCGUGCCUCGAACUGUGAUGAUCGGAGGGAAGGCCGCGCCUGGGUACCACAUGGCCAAGAUGAUCAUCAAACUCAUUACAGCCAUUGGAGACGUGGUCAACCACGACCCGGUGGUGGGAGACCGCCUGCGCGUGAUCUUCCUGGAGAACUACCGAGUCUCGCUGGCUGAGAAAGUGAUCCCGGCUGCCGACCUGUCCGAGCAGAUCUCCACUGCGGGUACGGAGGCCUCAGGCACUGGCAACAUGAAAUUCAUGCUCAAUGGGGCUCUGACCAUUGGCACCAUGGACGGGGCCAACGUGGAGAUGGCAGAGGAGGCGGGAGAGGAGAAUUUCUUCAUCUUCGGCAUGCGGGUGGAAGACGUGGACAGGCUUGACCAGAGAGGGUACAACGCCCAGGAGUACUACGACCGAAUUCCCGAGCUUCGGCAGAUCAUCGAGCAGCUGAGCAGCGGCUUCUUCUCCCCCAAACAGCCCGACCUGUUCAAGGACAUCGUCAAGAUGCUCAUGCACCACGACCGGUUUAAAGUCUUUGCAGAUUAUGAAGACUACAUUAAAUGCCAGGAGAAAGUCAGUGCCCUGUACAAGAACCCGAGAGAGUGGACGCGGAUGGUGAUCCGGAACAUAGCCACCUCGGGCAAGUUCUCCAGCGACCGCACCAUUGCCCAGUAUGCCCGGGAGAUUUGGGGCGUAGAGCCCACUCGCCAGCGCCUGCCAGCCCCUGAUGAGAAGAUCUGAGCGUCCAGACCAGACGCGAAACCGGCCCCGAGUCUGCUCGCAGUCCGUUGGGCCAGCCCCAGCUCCUCAUCCAGAGGGUGAGGUGCCGGAAUUAGAUCUCUAAGCCUCUUCCUGGAACCCUCAUUUCCCCCCAGCCUCGAAGGCCCAGUGUCCAGCGUGCCUAAGGACACUGCUCCUAUCCUGUCCUGGGGCCCCCUUUUCCCUCCUAUUUAUGGGUCUGACCAACUGCACCCACUCCCCCCAAUAAACCGAUUCCCCUCGA